AUGGACAGAGGAAAUUGCUCUUCCUUAAAUGAAUUCACUUUAUUAGGAAUUACUAAUAACCGUGACGUGGAAGUUAUGCUUUUCACCAUGUUUCUACUGGUCUAUAUCAUAAAUCUUCUGGCAAAUCUUGGAAUGAUCAUUUUGAUCCGAGUGGACUUGCAGCUUCACACACCCAUGUACUUCUUCCUCAGUCACCUCUCUUUCUGUGACCUCUGCUACUCCACGGCCAUUGGUCCCAAGAUGCUUGUUGACUUAUUAGCUCAAAGGAAAUCAAUUCCUUUCCUUGGCUGUGCUCUGCAAUUUUUUACCUUCUGCAUCUUUGCAGAUGCUGAGUGUCUACUUCUGGCAGUGAUGGCCUUUGACCGGUACAAGGCCAUCAGCAACCCCUUGCUCUAUACCGUGAACAUGUCCAGCAAAGUGUGCACCCUGCUUGUGGGUGCAGUUUAUCUGGUGGGGCUGACAGAUUCAUUGAUACACACCACAUUGACAUUCAAAUUAUGUUUCUGUGGUCCUAAUGAAAUUAACCAUUUCUUCUGUGAUAUGCCUCCACUAUUUCUCCUUUCCUGUUCUGACAUUCGAGUUAAUGAAUUGGUUUUAUUCACAAUUUUUGGGUUUAUUGAACUGAGUACCAUCUCAGGAGUCUUCAUCUCUUACUGUUACAUCAUCUCAUCAGUGAUCAAGAUCCGCUCUGCUGAGGGCAGGUUCAAAGCUUUCUCCACCUGCGCUUCACACUUAACCGCACUGGCCAUUUUCCAGGGGACCAUGCUCUUCAUGUAUUUCCGGCCGAGUUCUUCCUACUCCUUGGACCAAGACAAAAUGACGUCUCUGUUUUACACCCUUGUGAUUCCUAUGCUGAACCCUCUCAUAUAUAGCCUAAGGAACAAGGACGUGAAACAAGCCCUAGAAAAACUGAAAAAUAAAAUGUGCUGUUAA